UCCUCUGCGAGUGGUGCCUCUUGUGCCUCCGCUCUGCUGCCACGGCGUCUUUACGUGAUGCCCCCCUUUCUAUGCCCUUUGUUUUCAAGUUUGGAUAGGCCAAAGCAAAGAAGCCACGAAGGCUCCUCCGCCAUGAGCAAAAUCUACAUUGCAGGCCCCGCGGUGUUUAACGCGGACAUGGGGGCCGCGUACUACGAGCAUGUGCGCAGGUUGCUGAGGGUGCACGGCGCCACACCACUGAUUCCCGUGGACAACGAGGCCACGGGGGCCGCCGAGAUACGGGCAAAGAACAUGGAGAUGAUAAGGCAGUGUGACGCCGUCAUUGCGGACCUCUCGCCCUUUCGCUCGCAUGAGCCGGACUGCGGGACCGCGUUUGAGGUGGGCUACGCUGCUGCCCUGGGAAAGACGGUGCUGGUCUUCACUUCCGAUCGACGUUCAAUGAGGGAGAAGUACGGCGGUGCGUGUGACGCGGCCGGGAUGACAGUGGAGGAUUUUGGCCUCCCCUUCAAUUUGAUGCUCUGUGACGGGGCGGAGGUGUUUGGGUCCUUCGACGACGCCUUUUUCCACUUCGUAAGGCAGUGCUCAAAAUAG